CAGCUUUGAACCGGUUUUGUCGCCGGCUACAAAGCGGUGUGAAACGUAUGCAGAGUGCGCAUUGUUGAUGCAGGGUGCUCUCUUUCCACACGGACAUCACAGAGCCCAGCAGACAGGCCGGCGUGCGUGUGCGGCGCUUUCUCGUUUAUGUCAUUUGUGGUGAUUCUGCAAGAAGAGAUUUUAACCAGGAAAACAUCCUACAUGGAAAGUUGCCGUGUAACGCGCAGCUCUGCAGGGUCCUGCUGCUGUUUGUGUAGAUGCUGAGGAACCCCUCAUCUGUCGAAACUGUAGCAGAUCCCGGAGGGCAGCAGUAUCAUCAGCACCAUGGCUCCAUCUACGAAAGUGCUGGACGGAGGCUGGGGAUGGGCGAUUGUCGUGGCCUCCUUCAUGACCCAGCUCCUGGCCUAUGGAUCACCCCAGUCAAUGGGCGUCCUGUACCCCGAGUGGCUGCAUGCCUUCCAGGAGGGCAAGGGCAUGACGGCCUGGGUGGGCUCCCUUGUGGCUGGAGUGGGCCUAAUAGCCAGUCCUGUCUGCAGUGCCUGUGUGGACAACUUCGGGGCUCGUCCUGUGACAAUCUUCAGUGGCGUUAUGGUGGCGGGCGGCCUGAUGCUCAGUGCCUUUGCUCCAAAUGUCCAGUUCCUCAUCUUUUCCUAUGGAAUUGUGGUCGGCCUGGGUUGCGGUCUGGUCUACGCAGCCACGCUGACAAUCACCUGUCAAUAUUUUGACAAGAGACGUGGCCUUGCCCUCGGCAUUGUCACCACAGGCACAAGCGUUGGAGCGUUCAUCUAUGCCACUGCUCAGAACGAGCUCAUUGUGCUGUACGGCCUGGACGGCUGCCUGCUAAUCAUCGGAGCUGUAGCAUUAAACAUCAUGGCCUGCGCCGGCUUCAUGAGACCCCUUAACAUGCCAGGGUACUACCUCAAACAGAAGGCCGCCCUGGAACGCAACACAGAGGAGCAGCUCUUCGAGAAGCCCCCGCUGGAUGACCUGAGGAUCACAACAGGUUCCUCCGCGACUUCUCCAGAGAAAACUCUGAUGGUGAAGGAGCUGCUCAUCACAAUGGAUGCCAAGGACUUGGCCAUUCAGACAGAGAAGAAGAAAGGCAGCUUUCUGUCUGGGUUGGCCAUCAUGAAAGUCAUUAAGAAAAAGCAGCAGGCUUACUCAAAGUACAUGCACUCCAUAUAUGAGAUCCUGCAAGACCAAGCCAUGGUGGCCUUCUGUAUUGCUGUCUUCCUGUUCAGCCUGGGGGCGUUCCCUCCUGUGCUCUUUAUAGAGGAUGUGGCCCAGAGCCAAGGACUCAUAGAGGAAGUUAGUGUCAUUCCUCUGGUAUCAAUAGGGGCUAUCGCCACUUGUGUGGGGAAACUAGUGCUGGGUAUGCUGGUGGACAUCAGGUGGAUCAACAGCAUCUAUCUGUACGCCUUCACCAUGUUUGCAGGAGGUGUGUCACUGCUUCUUAUUCCUAUCACUAAGAGUUAUGUGGGACUGCAGAUCCUGUCUGUCAUCCUGGGUUUCUUCUCUGGAAACUGGUCUCUCACCUCUUACAUUACAACUAAGAUUGUUGGCUUGGACAGACUGACGCAAGCCCACGGCAUCCUCAUGUUCUUCGGGGGAUUUGGAAUCAUGCUAGGACCCCCUGUUGUAGGGUGGUUCUUUGACUGGACGCAAUCAUAUGACUUGGCGUUCUACUUCAGUGGGGGCUGUGUGGUGCUGGGAGCGGUCAUCCUCUCGCUGCUCACCCUUCCCUGCUGGAACAGGAAGCACUCUGAGAACGACAGACCGGACGUCCAUUACACCAGCAACUGUGACAAAGUUGCCUCUGUAGCCUGAACACUAGCACCUUUCAGAAGGACUCAGAUCUCACCCCUACUGCCCAGCAACUGUCCACUGACAAACCAUACCUUAACGACCUCUAGGAGGAAUUUUCUUUCUGUAACUAUACCGUAUAGGGCUUUCCCCCUUAUUUCUGCUGCCAGGUUCUAAUAUACCAAAAUACUUGCCAGAGGUUUUGAAAUACAGGCCUCUCCUCUGUACUUUGCCUGCAUUUCUCAGGUUCAAACCAUAUGAUCUUUUCAAAGGUUUGACUCUGAUGCCUGUGUUGAUUUUGUUUUUAUUAUUGCCUCAUUUUACGAGGUCAGCUGAACAAUACUGUUCAACAAUCGUCCAACUUCGUGUUUAUGUAAAACACUGGUUUUCACUUCACCGACACUCUGAAAACAGACAUGGAGCCGUUCAUAAUGCUGGGAAGAAAAACAUUGGUAAAAUUGUUGGGUGUUCAUUUAACACAAUAACAACAUUUGACACCACUCUAAAUAUGCACAAAAAAUCUCCCAGGAUUCUUACUGGAACAGAGAGUACAGGGAUUGGAAGGAAAUAGGAAGCCGUUUUUUUCUUUUGAUAAUCGUAAUUUUAACAACACAUUUUUAUUUUGUAUGGGAGUUUUAAUUUAUAUCUUAAUUACACCACUAUGUAUCUUACCAAAGCAUCAAUGAUAGACAAUGCCUGUCAACACAUAAUGCCUGUUGGAACAAUACAAAAGCCUUGCUUUAUAGAUAAUUUUUUGUUUUCAAGUGACUGAAUUUAUACUUUUUUAAGAUGGUUUGAGUUCCACAUACCUCCUGUUUAUGAAUCACUCAGAGACUUUUUGAAUAAGUUAUGCUGAUUCAAAAAACAUGUAAAAACACUGAAGAGAUCUUACUGUAUUUCCAACCAUAGCAGCAUGUUGAUUCUCUUUGUGGCAUGAUGAUCAUGACCUUUGCUGGCAUUCAUUUUGACCAGGCUGUUCCUUUUCCAUUGUGUGUAUGUUUGUGUGUACAGUAUGUUUUGUGUGUGUGUACCUGUCUGCACAUGCAUGUUUGCAUACGUGCACAGGUUCGUCUGUGUGCAUUGUUUGAUAAACUUUUGUAUUAGCACUAGUUUGUAAAGUCCUAUGUGCUAGUGACUUUUAUAUGCACAAAACAGCCACAAAGCUGUAAAAAACUGUUUUUGUUUGAGAUGAAAGUUGAUUAUUGUAAUCAUAAUUGUAAUGAAUAUAUUUCAAUAGGCUUUUAGAAUCAAUUGAAUGUUGUUAAAUAUACCACUACAGAUGUAUUUUUGAUAGUUCCAGUUUCAGGCGUAAGGGUAAAUCUGGGACAUUAGUGUUUUGUGUUUGUAGAGGGUAUUUACAAGGUGCAGAUGAGGUACAAUUUGUACCAACCUAGAAGAGAAAGUGUGUUUGGCUGUCACAUUUUAGCCACUCUUAUUUUUUAUGCCAGUAUUAUAUUUGUUUAUAUUCCUGUUCUAUUAUUUUAUUUAAA